CCCGUAAAUACAUAUUUCUUAUUGGAGAAAUUCAUAAAUAUUGAAUACAGCUGCGUAUCCGCACCUAUGCACCUUGUAUAUGAUAGUGUCUACGUACAUAUAUACUUGGGUUACCGCCUGAAAUUUACCAAACAUUUCAGGUGUCUUGAAAAGCGUAGGAAGCUUGUCGAGAAUCGAUAUCAAUCUCAGCUUGUUUAAUAUGGCUACUAUAGAGAAAGAAUUACGUGAACGGGCUCGCGAGGUUCUUGAGAGCCGAGUACGUCCUCGUGAAGAGGUCACUGCUGUGAGACAGAAUUUAGCCCGCGAUCUCGCCCAGAGUCUAGGAGCCGAGCAGCUCAGCAGCCCCUUGUCACUUGUUGACCUCGACACCGCUGUUGAGCCGUCGGAAGCAUUGCAGGGCACUUAUAGAGAGUAUAUCGAAGCAGUUCAGAAGAAUGUCAACAUCCGAUCUGAAUUUGCUAAACUGCAAGAGGAGCACGAUGCGGCUACUGCGUCACUGUCAUCCCCAACCGAGGAACAUCAGCAAGCUCGACUUCUUGAGCUUCAGCUCGAAAUCAAUGCGCUAGAACAAGAACACGAAAGGCUUGCUACGGCCGACAAGUACCUGGAAGAGCUUGAUCAACAGCCCGCAGCAGCACCUGAUUUCUUGGAUUCCGACGUCAUGUUUAAGGAGUGUACACCUCUCCCGGAACUUCCUAAGGAGCUCAUGGAUGGCUUCACCGAGGAUAGAGAAGGGCCAAACCGCGAGAUCCAGGAACUGCUCUCGCGCCUCCAGAAAGCGAUGUUGCGUAACAAACUGCUAGCCCAACGAGAGAAGCAAAACUUCGAAAAAUUGAAAGCUAAGAACCCGAUUGAACCUGGUAGUCUUUCCCCGGAAAUACAACUGCACGCACUCAAUGCCGUGAAAGAUAGUCUCAUCAGCUGGAUUGAGAGCAUGUUGGCUAAAGCCGGCGGUGACGAGGACGAGCCCAGUAUUCUCGAGUCCCCAAGCAAGCCACGGCAAGGGGAGUCAGAGAAAUUUGAUCGCGACGCUCAUAUGGCUGAGAUUCAGAAGGAGUACCAACACCAUAUCGACCUCCGCAAGGAGCUUUUACUUUCGAUGGCCCAAUUAAAGCAGCUAAAACUUGAGCCGCCGAAGCAGCGAGAGCAACAGCUAGAGCAUGAGCCCGAGGUGGCCCCGUCUAGUAGCGCAAAGCCCGAAGCAUUCUUGCUUAUGCCAUACCUCGAGAAACUACAAAACAUCUCGCGCGAGCAGAAAGGUCUAAUCCAAGAAAAAUCGUACAUCAACACAGCCCUUGCAAAGCAACAGCAAGACCUCAAUAAACUAUUGCAUCAUCUAGUAGAGGAAAGCCAUCUACUUCAAAAGUUCCCAGCCAACACAUGUAACAAGCAAUUGAGCUUUGGCGAAGCUACUAAAGGGGUCAGCAAAUCCAACGUGACGAGCCAGGUCGAACCCUGGAUUUCGGCCGCAAACUCCGCCCAGAUUGCCAUGCUUGAAGCUGUCUUCGAAAAGGUCGAGGAGGGCCAGGUGGCAGCUGAAGAUGCUAUGGAGGCCCUAGACCAAGUUCGAAAACUCCUGAACAAGGGAGAAGCCGAGCCAGAGGAGCCUCACGGGGAGCCGGAGAAUGCCGAACGUGAUAUGUGGGUAGGAGACGACGAAAAUGGCGGAACACGCGUUAGGAGGAACAGGGAGAAGAAGGCAGAAAAACAAAAAGGAGAGAGCAUCUACGCAAAAUUAGAUGGCAAUUUGGGGUUGAUCAACGAGUAAAGGGCUGUAGUCAUUUUGCUAUAGCUAACAUAUGUUUCGGCUUUGCCUCUCGAGUACUAGUAACCCUUCAUUUCAAUAUGACCUAAUAACGGCCCUAAUGAUCUCCAUAA